AUGAUCGCCCCCCACAAGUAGUAAUUAAAAUCAAGGGCUGCUGCAGCAGCAACCUGACAGCAGGCGGGCGCUUUGAGGAAGUGGCUUAAACGUGAGCGGCUGUGCAGUGUCGGGGCGUUUCAAACUUGCGGAGCGCAGAGGAGAGGGAGGGAUGUGAUUGUGUGCGGAAGAGUAGUUCUGUUCCCUGCGCAGGUUGGAAGAAGAGGCGUGUGCAGGGUGUGGAGGAGCCGGAGAGAGAGAGAGUGAGACGGGGAACUCGCAGAAGCAAAUAACACUGCCUUUGAAAUCGACAUGGCGCCUUGUGCCGCCCGUCACUUUCAUCUCGGGGUCUGCUCGCUCCUUUCCGCUGCCUUGGCCAUCUCCUCUGCCUUCAACAUCGACGUGGCGCACCCCAUCAUUAAAAAGGGUCCAGCCGGCAGUUACUUCGGAUAUUCGGUGGCUUUGCACCGGCAGUUGAAAAAGCAGGAUCGCUACCUGUUGCUCGUUGGUGCUCCUCUGGCAGCAGGCCUUGAAGACCAGUUGGCAAACCGCACAGGAGCUUUGUUCUACUGCCCAGUGUCGUCAUCAGAUCAGGACUGUAAACGCGCCGAGUUUGAAAAACCAACCAAUCCACAAACAGAAAGUAAGGAAGACCAAUGGCUUGGGGUCACAGUGGCGAGUCAGGGACCUGGUGGGAAAGUGUUGGUCUGUGCGCACCGCUAUGAGAAGCGACAACUCAGCCCGCAGGACGAGAAGAGGAUCUUGGUGGGUCGCUGUUUCAUCAUCAGCGACGACAUCGCCAUUGAUCCAAACGAUGACUGGGACAUGUCACCGGUGCAGUUCUGUGAAAAUGUCGGCAAUGAUCACCAUGGACUGCUAAUGUGCCAGCAGGGCAUGGCAGCAGGAUUCACUCGGCCCAACCACUACGCAUUUUUCGGAGCGCCAGGUGGCUGGAACUGGCAAGGAACCAUCCAAGUUGCGCAAAAGAACAUCACAUUUGUGGAGCUCAAUAUACUGGAAGAUGGCCCAUACCGGCUCGAGGAUAAUUCAAUGAGUCACAGCUACAUAGGUUACGCUCUCACCUCUGGAAAGUGGAUCACACGCAAGGAUGACUUCAGCUUUGUUGCAGGUGGCCCUCGCUAUGGCCACACAGGGGCGGUGUUUCUGCUUGAGAAAGGGAAGACAGAUAACCUGGAAAUAAAACGCAUUUUAACGGGUCAUCAAACAGGGUCAUACUUUGGGAGCUCUGUGGCCGUAGCUGAUCUUAACAGGGACAGCUGGCAGGACCUGAUUGUUGGAGCUCCACACUACUUUGACCAUAGGAAGGAGAUCAGUGGCGCUGUGUAUGUUUACAUGAAUGAGGCGGGGAUCUUCUCUGAGAAACCUAGCUUGGUGUUGAAGGGCUCUUCAGGUUCCAUGUUUGGUCACGUAGUCAGCAGCAUUGGAGACCUUAACCAAGACGGAUUUCCAGAUAUCGGGAUUGGAGCACCUUACGAUGAAUAUGGUAAACUUUUCAUCUACCAAGGUGGAGCAACAGGGCUGGCUCCCCAACCUAGCCAGAUCAUCAGUGGAAAUGAACUGGGUAACACUGAGGAGAUAAAAACAUUUGGCUACUCAAUCAGUGGAGGGGUUGAUGUCGAUCAGAAUGAAUAUCCUGACAUUCUAAUUGGAACGUUAUCCGACAAGGUCAUUUUACUGAGAACACGCCCAGUUAUUAAUAUAAGUGAAGACUUCACUGUGCAACCAGAAAUCAUUGAUACCAGAUAUUGCAACUCAACUUCUUGUUUCACAGUGAAGGUUUGCUUCUCAUACACUGUGAGUACUGGAAAUACAAAGUACAAUCGCAAGAUUGAUCUUAAGUACAAACUGGAGGCUGAAAAAGACAGGCGCUCUCCUCCACGGGUUAAAUUUGUUAAGAAAAACAAAGCUUUCUAUUCAAGCAUUUUCUCAAUGCCGACAUCAAAAUGCCAUGCCAUCCAGCUGGGAUUGAUGGAACCAGUGCAAGAUAAACUUCAACCCAUCUCAAUCACUCUUAGUUACAACAUUGUCAAUAAAAGCAAAUCGGCUCAAGGACUGGUCGAUAUGAGUGAUUAUCCCAUUUUGAAUGUAGGACAGCCGUACAUCAAAACUAAACUGAUACAUAUUCAGAAAAAAUGUGGGAAUGAUUGGAUCUGCAAAAGCAAUCUCAAAAUGUCUUACAGAUAUGGGAAGCUAGAGAACGGAAAAUUUGUAUCCUUCAAAAGAAUGAAUGGCAAGCAAAUCUUGGAGUACAAUCAACGAAACAACCCAAAAGUUAAGCUUGUGUUACAAGUAAAGAUUACAAAUAAGCCAACAGAUGUCACAAAUGGUGAAGAUGCACACCAGGCACGGCUGAACGUCACUCUGCCAGACACAGUGUCGUACUCCGGUGCUCGUUUGGAUAAAAUCCGCUGUGAUCCUGACCGUAACACUUUGAUCUGUGAUAUUGGAAAUCCUUUCAUAAUGCGGCAAGAGGCUGUAAUCUAUAUAAUCAUGGAAACAAAAAUAACUCUUCACAUGAGAGAAAUCGAUGUGGGACUCCAACUUUCAACUGUAAGUGAGCAAGAUGAUCUACCUUUAACUACAGCAUCAAUUUCUGUGCAAAUUCAACUACAAGUUAACCUAGAUUGGGAAAGAAAUAACUUGUGGACAUCAUGCAGUGGUACAGUCAUGGGUGAGAGUGCAAUGACUACAUUUGACGAUGUGGGAAGUCCUGUGGAAUUUAUUUUUUUGGUGAAGAAUCAAGGAGAGCCUUUGGGUGACUUGGGAAUACUUUACCUCAGUGUUAAUUGGCCGUAUGAAAUCAGUAAUGGGAAGUGGUUGCUGUACCUCACUGAAAUCGAAAUGACUGGAACAGAAAACCAGUACUGUGUGCCUGAUGGGAAAAUUGUGAAUGAACUGAAUUUAAAGAUGAAUAAUCAAACAAGUCGGCCAGAAAGAACAAAACGGGAUGUUGCACCUGCAGCUGCUAAAGAACUUCGAAAAUUGAUCAAUGAGCGAAGUGGAGAAAGCGAUUUAGAGUUAGAAUGUGGAAAUAAACACACAGCCCGGUGCAAGCGAUUCAAUUGUCUGCUGCGCAAUAUGACGAAAGAGGCCAAAAUAACGCUCCGAGCACGACUGUGGAACAGCACCUUUCUCGAGGAAUUCCAAGACUACAACCGGAUUUAUGUGAACCUGGAGGCUUCCUUGCACCUAAUGACAAAUAUUUCUACAAUAAAAAUGGAUCAAUCAAGUGUGAAUGUAACCCUCAAUAUUCAACUCAAGCCUGAUGAAAAACAAUCUUCUAGUAAGAAAUGGGUCAUUGUGGUGGCUGUGCUGGCAGGAAUUCUACUGUUAAGUUUUAUAAUACUACUACUAUGGAAGUGUGGUUUCUUCAAGAGAGCGAACACAAGAGCUAUGUACGAAGCCAAAGAGCAAAAGGCUGAAAUCAAGACUCAGCCCUCAGAAACUAAGCGCCUUACUGACAAUGACUAGUGCUGGUCAACCUCACCUCCUGCACUUUUUGUGCGGCUUCUUCAAGAGGACAAGAUACUACAGGAGUAUGCCCAAGUAUCAUGCUGUGAAGAUCCGCAAAGAAGAACGCUAUUUCAUCACAGAAGGCUUUACAAAGAAGACCCAGAAGAAGCAAUGGGUAACAAACUGGAAAGAAAAGGACAAAUACCAAUGAGUGCUUCUUUCUGAACCUAUAAGGGGGCACCCGCUUGUCCAAACACUUUCCAAGCAAACAUUACAGGGAACUGUGUAAUAUACCUGUGUACAAACAUUCUGUUCACAUUACCUUAGUUCUAUUUAUGAUAACUUAUGUUUCAGUCAAAUUCAAGAAAAAAAACCAUGAUAAAGUUUGUAAAGCACAGUGGGAACAACUUGGAAUCCUUGGUGCCUUUUGAAGCACAUCUUUGAGCUUUUUACAGGUUUGAGCAUUGUUUUCCCAGUAGAUUAGACUAAGAGUCCAAUGCACUGAAAUACAUGGGGAAGGAGCUGGUGAGUGGGCUUUUAGGUUGGGGGGGAGGUGGGGAAUGAUUGCGGGUUUGAGUAAAGAUAUUAAGUUACACAAGGAACAGGGUUGUAGCUACCACUUCAUGAGAAACAUUGUGUGUUGAAUAUAUUGUUCUGUAAUAAUUUAAACUCGAGAACAAAUGGGUUAAUGUUUAAUUUAUUGUGCUAAAAGGGAAGAUGGGUCCAUUUGAAAUUUAGCUUGUGGGUUUAAAACUAGUUGACGAGCUGGUUGGAAGGAUUGCUGCCAGCCACAAAAUCUUUAUCAUUCCCGCCUUCUCCCAAGAACAAGAAUUUAGAUUACAAGACAAAUGGGAGCAACACCAAUCGCAUUUUGGUUAGGUUAUGCUUGUGCUAUCGGUUUUGCAUGUAUUUCGUUUGUUCCAUGUUGUUUAGAAUUAUUUUCAGGAUAUGAGAGAUGUGCAGAUAUGAUGUGACCUUUCCAUUUGUGCAGUGCCUACUGAAUAACAAUAGCAGAAUGUGUAUCACCCAAAGACAUUGAUACACAAUAAUUAAAUAAGAGGAAUAGGAUGUUUAUCAAUAUGUUUUCUGUAAUUGCCAUGUCAAUCUUUUGUUUCUCUAUUAUCUUUGAAAUAUGGUACUUUAAAAAAAUUGCAAUCCAUGCGAUAAUAUUAAGGGUACACAUACCAAUGUGUUUUCAUGCCAACAUGAUAUUGGUGGAUACAUUUGAUAUAUUUUAUAACUUCAGAUUGAGGUACUAAUUGGAAACUGUUGAUCCAUUAUUUACCAUCUUGAUUGCUGCUUUGAAAAACAAAUUAAUCUGAGGAGAGGUGUCAGAUAAGUAUUCAUCCUCUCUAGCUUAGUUUCUAAAUUUACACAUAAUUGAUGAUUAAAAUGCCCUGAUUUUUAAUGGGAAAGCUAAUACAAGAUGAAAGUUCACGCCAGAGAUCAAACCAAAGCAUUUUUUUUUCUUGCUCACUUGGUCAAUCAGAAUAGCAGUUAUCGACUCUAGUAAUAAUUUGAAAGAAAGGACGUUUUCUAUUCUAAAUGCUUAUAUAUCUUUCACCCUUCAUACUGGUGAACUGUCCACAGUAAACUGAAUAACAUAACAUUACAUGUGGCAGAUAAUAAUCAAAUAAUGAUAUGGUUGUAAGUGUAUAUAUGCAGUUACACAGCUGUACAAGUUGGUGAUAGAGAAAGUGUAGGCAGGAAGUAAGAAGUCAGUAAUAUUUUUUUAGAAAAUAAUAUAUAACUUGACAACCUUAGAUUUAAAUUUAGGUGAGAGAUGAAGUGCCCUGUUGCUGACACGAACAGCUAAAUGCUUAACGUAAAUGUUAAUCAUACUAUAUUUUUUUAAAUAAAUAGAGGUAAGUAUCUCUUUUUUUUUAAAGGGCAUAGAGCUAUUCCAAUAUCCCAAUAUUAUGCACUAUUAACUGUGUAUAAAAAAUUAACAGAUUUUGUGAUUUGGUUCUUGGAGUAAUUGAUUUGACUCUAAAACAAAGAUUUUGUUUCUCUUUAUUUUAGCUUACCUGCUUAGAUCAAAGUGAUAUUGGAAAAAUGGCAACCAUACUAGAACUAUCUUGAUUAAUACCUAUAGCUUGGUUCAGUCAGAAUAAAACAUUACUGAAUAUUAAAAUAAAUAUAUUUAAGUCAAAAUGUCAAAACUUUGUAAAGGACAUUAAAAAUAUUACCAGAAUGGUACCAGAUAUGAGAAAUUUGAGUUCAGUGUGGAAAUUGGGAGAGGUGGGGUUAUUCUCCACUGACCAAAGAAGGUUAGAGAUUUUAUGGAGAUCUUCACACAUCAUGAAGGAGUUUGAUAGAUAAAUGAAAAUAAAAAUUACUUCCACUGGCAGACAAAAUCAGGAAACACAGAUUUAAGGAAACUAGUAAAAGGAUUGGACGUGUGAUAUAAGUUUAUGCAGCAAGUUGAUGUGAUCUAGAAUGCAUCGUCUGAAAGGGAGAUCGAAGAAGAUUUGGUUGAUUACUACUGUGUUUUAUUAUUCUUUACUGCUGAACAUUUAACAAAUAUAUAAAUACUUCCUAGAGCUAAGAAAUUCUUGUACUGUAAGAUUUGUAAAUAUUUCGUAUUCUAUUGUAUGGAUGUGGGGAUUCUGUUUUGCUACUGUAGUUUUUGUUGUAUCAAAUUGUAUUAAUACUGUAAAAUGUUUAUUACUGUUUCUGAAAUUACUGAAAUGGGUAAUGUCUUUUUAAUAGUUUGUGCUACUGGAAUAUUGAAAUAAAAGUAUUUUUAUCAAAAUUUA